AUGAUGAUGACUGGCCGUGUGCUGCUGGUGUGUGCCCUCUGCGUGCUGUGGUGCGGUGCCGGUAGGGUUUAUGCGAGGAACCCUGACAACAAUUCACUGGGUGGCUGCAUUGCGUCGGGAGGGUUUGGAAGGAAGAAGUCGUUUUUGUCAAACGGAUCUAUUAAAAACUUAUCCACACCGCUUUUGCUGUCAGCAUCGUUUAUCUCUGCUAUACAAGCCGAAGCUCGUGAAGAAGUUCCUUCUGCAGGAGUUACUAAUUUACCUUUAAGUGGAUCCACGGGUCUUAGUCCUGCUUUUUCCGAUCUUGGUACCUCCAGUCCCCGUCCCACUGUUCCUGUUCCUGGUGCUGAUGUUUCCGCUCAUGUUCCUGCUAUUCCCGGCCGUGUUCCUGCUACUCCUGGUCCUGCCGGUCAUGGUCAUGGUCCUGUUGGUCCCGGUCUUCGUGCUGCUAUUCCCGGUGUUGAUGUUCCCAGUGAUGGCCCUGGUGCUAUUCCUGCUGUUUCCGGUGUUCGUGCUGCUGAUGCUCCUACUCCUGGUGUUGCUGUUCGCAGUGAUGGUGCUGCUGCUUUUUCCGGUCUUGGUGCUGCUGGUCUUGGCGCUGCUGGUCCUGGUCCUCUUCGUGAUCCUGCUUUUCCAGGUCCUGAUGCUAAUAUUCGUGGUUCUGUUGCUCCCGGUCAUGGUACUCCUAUUACUGGUGCUGCUGGUCCCGGUGCUGCUGCUUUUUCCAGUCUUGGUGCUGCUAUUCAUGAUGCUGCUGAUCCCGGUGCUGCCAUUCCUGGUGCUAUUCCUGGCCCUAGUUCUGUUCGUGGUGCUGCUGUUCAUGGUCCUGCUGGUCCCAGUGAUGGACCUGCUGGUACCGAUCAUGUUCCUGCUUUUUCCGGUCUUGUUCCUGCUGGUCCCGGUGCUGGCCAUUCUGUUGGUGGUGGAAGCAAACCUCCGGACUCUCGCUCUGUCGUUAUUUCCUCAAGUCAAGGUGGCAAUGGAAAAACAGCCCCGGUCAGUGUUUUAUCCGAUGAGCAGAUUGCAUCCCCAAAAGAAGUUUUGGCACAAAAAGAAACAGGGAGUGAGGGCACCUCUUCGCCCGAAGGACAGCCAACGGUGUCAUCCAACAACGAAAAGCAACGAAACAAUUCUGCCUCAGCAGGGGGUCACAGUCUUGGCCACGACGCCGCGGGAGACGAGCUCCAAGACUCUUUGGAAGAACAAAAGAAAAAUGACCAUUCACAAACGAACGAGACAAAAAAAUCAUCAGGAGACCAAAAUACAGAAUCCCAAAGCAGUGGAGGAGCACUCUCGGAAGUAUCCAACACAACAACGCAUGGGAUAAAAACUCAACAGCCAAAGACAAAUUCAGCAAAUGAGAAGAACUACAGUCAAAACACGGAUGCAUCCCACACCACCUCCCCUCUUUUGCUUCUUUUUGUUGUUGCGUGUGCUGCUGCUGCUGCGGUGGUGGCCGCGUGA